AAAUACCUACCACACCAAAAAAAAAUGAUGUAGGUCGGUUUCUAGCCGCAAUAGCAACAAAAAAUUAUAAUAAAACAAAUAUAAAAAAAUAGUGAAAGCGUCUUCUCAUCAAAAUCGAAAACGAGUUCAAGCCCUUCAAAGUUAUACAAAGUUCAACAAAAACCACACAAAAAUGAUACUCCAACAAAUAAAAUUCCUCCAAGAACUACUCGAUAAAUAUCAAAUAAAUCUACUCAAUUCGAUAUUUAUAAAUUUUACCUUAACCAUUAUUCUCUUGGGAUUGCUAAUCAAUGCCAUCGAACCACAUUUGCCGGCCUUCAUAACACAAUCCUUCCGCUAUGGUAAACAUAGUCACAAAGGAGAACAGAAUCCUUUAAUUGGGAAGUUAGAAGUACCCAAAUCAUGGUUUAGUCAUUUUUAUAUAUUUGCAUUCGGGUGGUCCUUAUUGGCACUCAGUUUGAAUUUGAAAGUUUUGAUUCACGGAACUACGGCACCCGAUUGCGUGGUUGAUUUUUUGGACUUUGUAGCGGGUGGUAAAGAUCGAAAUGUUUUGGUUAAUUCAACUUCCGGGUUUGUAGCUACCGUUUUGAUAACAAUGCAAUGUGUUCGACGAUUCUAUGAGACAAAUUUCAUUCAAAUCUUUUCGUCCAAGAGUAAAAUCAAUUUGUCACAUUAUAUUGUGGGAUUCUUUCAUUAUUUUGGAUGUGUUGCUGCUGUGUUGGCCAAUACUGAGGGAUUUGUUAGAGGAACAACACCAUCAUCAUUCUCAUUCCAGAAGAUCACAUUUAUGCAGUACAUUUGCUGUUUCAUCUUUCACUUUAGCUGGUCACAACAAUACAAAUCGAAUAUGAUUCUAGUCAAUUUGCGUAAAGACCCCGCCGGCAACACAGUCACCGAGAAGCACCUGAUGCCUCAAGGUGGUUUCUUCGAGUUUGUUUCAUCGCCACACAUGUUUUUCGAGGUUGCCAUGUAUGUGGCUAUUUCUGGCGUCAUUCCAGCCAGCAGUACUUGGGCUUAUAUUGUGAUUUGGGUGAUUGCCAAUCAGACUGAAAACGCUUGGCUUACGCACAAAUGGUACAAAGAAAACUUUAAGAACUAUCCCAAACGACGUUAUGCCAUAUAUCCAUACAUUCUUUAGAUGUAAUAAAUAGACUUUAUUCUUUUAAGAUGGAUACAUUCCAUUCCAGUAGUCUGUUAGGACGGACUGAUAUUAUUAUUAUAAGUGCAAUAGUUUUUAAGAAUUUUAGACAUUUUCCUUGUUUUUACAAUAUUUUUGAUUCCUUGUGUCAGGUGCUAAUUACUUAAGAGAAAGAAAUUAAGACUUUUUUUUGGUUUCGCACGCUUUGGUUGCGUUUUGUUUAAAGAAAAUAAUGUUUCUUUUUGUUGAUUUAAUAAAUUAAACAAAUUGUGUUCUAAAUAAAAAAAAAUUGAAACUACAUUUUACGAGAAGAAAUUUUCUUAUUGAUUUUUUCAUGAAUAUUUCAAAAUACUAUGCUUGCGCAGUGUUUCUAAACGCGCUACUUGCAGAACUUAGCGACCUUUUAUCUUAACCACAUCGAAAAUGAUGAAUGACAA